CAGCAUCUUCAAAACACAAAAUCAUCCAACUUCCAUUCAUUUCUUUCUCAGUCUUAUUUCAAUCACAAUUACUAAUGGCUGCUUCAACAAUGGCUCUGUCUUCUCCUUCUCUUGCUGGAAAGGCAGUGAAGCUAACACCAUCCAUUUCAGAGGGUGAAGGAAGAAUCACCAUGCUCUUCCAGAAAAAGACAGCGCCAAAAGCUGCUAAAUCAUCUAAACCCGCCGUUUCAUCUAACAGCCCAUGGUACGGUCCUGACCGAGUUAAAUACUUAGGACCCUUCUCCGGUGAGUCUCCAUCUUACCUCAAUGGUGAAUUCCCUGGUGACUACGGUUGGGAUACCGCUGGGCUAUCCGCUGAUCCCGAAACUUUCGCUAAGAACCGUGAGCUUGAAGUGAUUCACUGUAGAUGGGCAAUGCUGGGAGCUCUAGGAUGCAUCUUUCCUGAAUUACUCUCGCGUAAUGGUGUUAAAUUCGGUGAAGCCGUCUGGUUCAAAGCCGGUGCACAAAUUUUCAGUGAGGGUGGAUUGGACUACCUAGGGAACUCAAGUCUGGUACAUGCUCAAAGCAUUUUAGCUAUUUGGGCUACACAGGUAAUCUUGAUGGGAGCAGUUGAGGGUUACCGUGUCGCAGGUGGACCACUUGGUGAGAUUGUUGACCCACUUUAUCCCGGCGGAAGUUUUGAUCCCCUUGGACUUGCCGAUGAUCCAGAGGCUUUCGCCGAGUUGAAGGUGAAGGAGAUAAAGAACGGAAGACUGGCAAUGUUUUCUAUGUUCGGGUACUUCGUUCAAGCAAUUGUGACCGGUAAAGGACCUCUAGAGAACUUGGCCGAUCAUCUUGCUGAUCCUGUAAGCAACAACGCCUGGGCUUUUGCCACAAAUUUUGCCCCAGGAAAGUGAAUGUAGAGGCUAUGUAAAAAGUUAGCUAGAUUCAUCAUUCAUUCAUUCGUGACUUGGUUGUUGGUUGUUCUUAAUAACAGUAAGAUCAACCAAAUAAAUGUUGUUUUAGUAGCGAUGUAAUUAUAUUAAUUUGCGGCACCGUUUAAUUUAAUGAGAAAAUCUUUGUGAAGA